GCCCGCUCUGCUCUUCCCGUUGUCUUUUCACACAUGCUGCAGUUAUAUAUUAGAUGUGUUUUGUUCUUUGGGAGGAUGAGAGAAGGUUUGAAGAUCAGUGAAUAACUGCUGACAGUUACUUGAAACAUUUGCCAUGUGUAGAUGUAACAGCAGAAAACAUCUAACAUCACAGUCUUAAAGUGUCUGUCUGCUUUUAAAAAGACAGAAAAGCGGGUAAAAAAAUGAUAUUCUCUCUCUCUGAAGAUAUGAUUUGUGACACCGUUCCUUCUGAACAGCAAUGUUCUAAUGUUGAUGUGAUUUAUGAUUUAAAAGGCCUGAACCAAUAUGGAUCUUAUUCCUUGCAUCUGAAGUAUAGCACCAACUCCUAAUUAGAUCUCACCUGAGCCCAAAGUCUCUCUGAAUCCAACUCUCCCUUGAUGAUGAGCUUUAUUUUUUGAGAAUCCGGAUGGGAAGAUGAUGCAGAUCAAUUUGACCGGGUUUCUGAAUGGGAAGAACGCUCGAGAGUUCAUGAAGGACCUCUGGCCGCUGUUGCUAAGUGCCCAGGAGAACAUCGCUGGUAUCCCGUCUGCCUUCCUGGAGCAGAAGAAAGAGGAAAUCAAACAGAGACAGAUCGAACAGGAGAAGCUUGCCUCUCUGAAAAAAAUAGAUGAAGAUAAAAGAGAGAAGGAGAGCAAAGAAAGAGCUCAGUCAAAAAGCCCUAAAAGGAGGAAGUCCCGCUCCCCUAUGAAGCGUGACCGUAAGUCCAGUCCCUCUCGAUCACCUCGCAGAAAACCGAGCCCGGCUGCUUCUCCUCCUUCCAGUCCGCCCAAUCAUAAAGAAGAACCAAAGCAAGAACCGGACCAGUCAGAGAGCUCCAAACCAGAGCCGCUCGUUCAGGAGGCUUCUUCUACUAGUGAUCUUGUGGGUGACAUGAAGCCGGACUCUGUGUCUGAGGCUGUAAAAGAGUCAUCUCCAGAUAAAACGUCCAAAUCGGAAGACAGGCCCAAACCCAGAGACCGGGACAGAGAGAAGGAUGGACGUAGAGAUCGCCCACGUCACCGCUCUCGUUCCCGUUCACCUCGCUCUCGCAGACGACCUCGAUCCCGCUCUAGGUCAUUCUCUCCUCGUCGCAGAACUAGCCCCAGGAGGCGAAUCUCUCCAAGACGUAGGAGCCCUCCUAGACGGCGACCACCUUCUAGGCAUAGACGUAGCCGGUCACCUGUCCGCAGGCGGCGCUCUCGCUCCCGGUCCUCCUCUGGUAGUUCCUCCUCUCGGUCACCCCAUAAGAGAGCAGGGAAACGUGGGUCAGUUACCCCACCCAGAAAACUACCACGUCGCUCUGAUCCCUCUAGCCCUUCUAGAAGACGAGGUCGUAGUCCUUCAGGACCAGACACCAGCCCUUCAGCUGUGAAGCACAGGCCUGGUGGAAGAAAUGACUCUCGCUCUCCUUCUCCUAAACCCAGACGGUCCGAUGCAUCAGAGUCCGAGGAGGAGAAGGUGGGCAAAGGGUCAACAGCAGAUUCUGUCCAGCAGCGACGUCAGUAUCGCAGACAGAAUCAGCAGUCCUCUUCAGACUCUGGUUCGUCCUCUUCUUCUGAAGAUGAAGGUUCAAGGAGGCAGAAUAGGGGGGCAGGUGCGAGGAAUGGAGAAAUCAGAAGGCGUCGGAGCCAUUCACCUGCAUCGCCACGGAGACGGCACAGAGAUGCAUCCCCAAGAAAGAGACGUUCUCCAUCACCUGCUGGCCGCAGACAUCGUUCGCCUUCUCCUGUUCGCCGCCGCAGGUCGCCCUCUCCUCCCCCAAGACGCAGAUCUCCAUCUCCACCUCACCGGCGCUUUACUCCCCCUAUCCAGCGCCGAUACAGUCCCUCCCCUCUCCCAUCUCAAAAGAGACGCUCAUCAGGGUCUCCUCCCAAACGCAGAAGGUCUCCAUCCCCUAUGUCCAAGCGUAGAGGGUCUCCAUCACCCGUGUCCAAAAGGAGAGGGUCUCCUUCGCCUGUGUCAAAACGAAGAGGGUCUCCUUCACCUGUUUCAAAACGCAGAGCAUCUCUUUCACCAGUGUCCAAACGCAGAGGGUCUCCAUCACCCGUGUCCAAACGGAGAGGAUCUCCAUCACCUGUGUCUAAGCGUAGAGGGUCUCCUUCACCUGCGUCUAAACGCAGAGCGUCACCUUCACCUGUCGCAAAGCGCAGAGCAUCUCUCUCACCCAUAGCUAGGCGUAGAGGGUCUCCUUCACCUCCUUCACCUGUGUCCAAACGGAGAGCAUCUCCCUCGCCCGUUACUAAGCGCAGAGGAUCUCCCUCACCCAUGGUCAAACGGAGAGGGUCACCCUCUCCUGUGGCUAAACGUCGCUCCUCUCGAUCCCCGAAACGGAGUCGAGGCAGUAGUCCAGGAAAAAGACGUACUCCACCUUCUUCUGCUUCACCCCCACCCCGCCACCGUAGAAGCUCUCCAAAUCCCCCUGCAGCCCAGCGGGGCAGAGACGCUCGCUCUACUCCCCCUGCCCACAGCACUAGAGUGUCUUCCAGUCCUCCAGCUCGAUACGGCCCCUCUGGUUCGUCUCCACAAAGACAAAGACGUCAAGCGUCCCCGUCUCAUAGCACCAGACCCAUUCGCAGGGUUUCCCGCACACCGGAGCCACGCAAAUCUCAGAGAGGUUCUCAGAGCCCCCAGCCAGUAAGGAGUCAGGUUUCACGUUCACCAUCUGCUUCUCCUCCUCCUGCUCCAACGGCUCACAAGCGGCCUGCUUCAGUAUCACCUUCUCGCUCUGCUAGCCGCUCUCCACCUCCACCUGCCAAAAAGAACAGCAGUGUCUCCCCGAGCCCAUCACCUAACAAGAACUCAGAUGCAGAAGGCAGUAAGAAGAAGAAAAAGAAGAAAGAAAAGAAACACAAGAAAGAGAAGAAACACAAGAAGCAUAAGAAACAGAAAAAGGAGAAGAGUGGAGAAGAAAAGAGUGGAGGGCCGGCAGGAGGACACGGACAGGAAGCAGAGCCAGACUCUGACCAGAAAAAGGAAUCAGAGAGUGAAGUAGAAGACAGUUUGGAUGAUCUGGAGAAGCAACUACGUGAGAAAGCCCUCCGCUCAAUGAGGAAGGCCCAGAUGUCUCCAUCAUCUCAGUCCUGAGGAAAUAUCCACCACACCCCACAUUUCCCUCUUUCUCUUCCACUCUUUGCAUUUUAAAUGUUUGAUGUUGGUUCAGCUUUAGAAUGUACAAAUUGUUAAUUCACCCUAGACUUUUGUUUGUUUGGAUUUCUUUUUUUGGCAUGUUUAUUGCUGAGGAGUUUUAUGAUGUGGAAAUGAUUGAGCAGCUGAAUUUUUUUCAUCAGAUUCUGCCCUCUUUUCCACCCUGAAAUACUGUCGACAACUGCUUAUCCAAAAACAAACCUUUUUUAGUCCCCCCUCAUAAAUUCCUGUGUUGCUUUUACGGUCAUGAUGAGAAGAAUAAAAGCUUAUUUGCAGUUCUGAGUUAAUAAUGUACAAGUUAGCCUAUGGAUUCCCUCUUCACUUCAGCAGGACUUUUUACAAGAGUUUUGUUUGCAUGGACGGCAGACCCCAGCGUGUUUGUCCUCUUGUGUGCAUGAUCCAUAAAACCAAAACACCAGAGAGCUGAGCAUUGUGGCAGCGCUCGAGCUCUGCUGUGCACAUGAGAACAAAUCAGUGAAGUCUGUUUUCAUCCUUUAUUUUUUUGCUUUAUAUUUUUUGUAACCUAAGUUGUGUUUGAAAUUGUCGAACCCUGCAGUAAUUUCUGGCUUUGAACAAAGUCACAUUAAAAUGAAAAAAAUA